GUAAUCUUGGCAAGAAGUUAGCAACAUCCCAUUCAAAGAAAAGCACAUAAAAAAGCGACUCAAUAGAUAGCAGACAGAAACUGAUAAGACAAAAGUGGGAGAAAUUAGUAGAGAUCGGAGCUCACCGAUAGUAUCAACCAAGCUCUAUCAAUAGCAAUAGCCUAGAUCUUCUGGAUAUGAAGACUUGAGGACCAGACAUGGCCUUUAAAUGACUGUCCAUAAUACUCCGUCUGACUGUGAUCGCGACGAUGAGUUUUGGUUAGUUGGUAAGAGGCGAACUUCGAGGACGUUGGUUGGAUCCAAGGGUGGUGGACCGAGGGAUCUCCGCAUGCCCAACCAAUAUUUCCAUUUUUGGAUGCGGGGAGAUCAUUCAGCCUCAACAUCGAUCAAUAGUAUAUACAGAGGAUCAAUUGAUCGAAUACACCUCAACAGAAUGAAUUACAAGAAAAACUUGAUUAACUUCAGGAUCAAGAUCGAUACCACUCGCAGCAAGAUCUAUAGAACCAGAGGGGUUUCAUCCCGGGAAUUCCGUACAGAAUUGCUUUUCUCAAGGCAAUCACUAGUCAACGAUAGCAUGCUUAUAUUCUCUCGUUUCAGGAUUUCUAUUGGACCACUAGACGCUGUGGGUUCCUUAGGGCUAUUCCUAUCUAAACUGGUGGUGUGUUGGACGAGGCUGAGAACCCAUGUACGCUGACAACGGCCAUAGCCAAUUUGUAUGGCUAUGUUUCUUUGUAUCCUACAGCAAUAUCACAUCCAUCACACUCAGUGGAGCAUAGCACAUACUCUAGGAUCUUCCAUAGGACCGAGUUGGCGAUGUAACCGUGAUGCACCUGCAUACGCAGCUGACCAGAGAAGAGCGCAGGGCCAGAUCAAGCAGGAACAAUCCGUGUGCAUUCAGACAAGAUUUCCGUUG